UAUACCUCUUAUUUAACAUGGAUGAACUGCGCAGAUACGUAUCAAUAAACUGUAGUGCAUUCCGAGAAUUACGCAAAUCUUUCUUCAUGUACGUACAGUUAUCUCAAUAAAUAUUUCAAUGUGACAUCUAUUUCAUCUAAAAUUAUGAAAAUGCAUGUACGUAACUUUGUAUAAUCACAGAAUUUGAAAUAAUUUUUGAAACAUUACUCUAGUGCGUGAAUUUGUUUCAAUUUAGUGUGAAAGUGAAUGAGAAACUGCCAUUUAACGUAUAGGAUUCCUCUCAUUGAAUCAAAAGUUAUGGAACCCGGAGGAGUUUCGGUGACAUGGAAAAAUCUCACGGUCAAGGUUGAUAUCAGGACACAGCAUUUAUUUCGGAAGACCACUCGCACAGUCAAAGAAUUAAUUCAUAAUGUGAAUGGAUAUGUGCAACCAAAAAAUUUAGUGGCUGUUAUGGGAGCAAGUGGAUCAGGAAAGAGUACCUUGAUGUCAGUGUUGGCAAAUAGACAACCGGGUGAUUUUAAAGUGAAUGGAGACAUACGACUAAACGGCCAAAAAAUACCACCAGCAGUAAUGAAGACAGUAUCAGGAUUUGUUUACCAAAAUGAUUUAUUCACCCCCAUAUUAACUGUCUCAGAGCACUUACAUUUGGCGGCACGAUUGAAAUUAGAUAGAAAAAUCACUUCGAAAAAACGCGCAGUAUUGGUGGAUGAAAUAUUAAUGGAUGUUGGUCUAUCACAAUGUGCAAAUCGUUUUAUCGGCAAUUCAAACGACGAAGAUGUGCAACUGAACUUGUCAGGAGGUGAACGAAAACGAUUAUCUGUAGCCACAGAACUAUUAAUCAAUCCAGCAUUGCUGUUUUGUGACGAGCCAACCACCGGUUUAGAUUCGUAUACAGCUUUAAAACUGAUGACCACGAUGAAAAAUAUAACUAAACAAAAAAGUAAAACGAUUAUUUGCUCAAUUCAUCAACCCAGUGAGAAAAUAUUCGAAUUGUUUGAUCAAAUUAUAUUGAUAUACGAUGGAAAAAUCGCUUUCUCUGGAGCUAUCGAGGAAGCUUUAGAAUUUUUCCAAAGUAUUGGUUAUUUCUACGACAGUCAACAAAAUCCAGCUGAUUAUUUGGUCAAAAGUCUAUCAGUGGUGCCAGGACAGGAAGCGAAGUCGAAGAAUAAAGCCACCGAGAUAUGUUCAAAAUUUCAAAUUAGUCAGUACGCGAAAUAUGCUUACGAACAAAUUGAAUAUGAAAGUGAAAAAGAGAAGCUCGAAGGGCUGGAAAAAAUCGAUCACAUUUUUUGGCUUCAUAAGCUCAUUUUAAUAACUUAUCGUGAAGUACUUUGUGUCAUAAGAGGUCCUGGCACACAAAUUACAAAUAUCCUGAAGAGAGUAGCAAUCGCAGUAUUUUUGGGAUUUUGUUUGAAAAGACAUACAGUUCUAAAUCAAGAAACUGUCCAGUCACUCACAGGAAUACUAUUUAUAAUUGAGAAUCUAACGUGCUACCCUCCUCUUUUACUAGCAGCUAAUCAUUUCCCAAGAAAAAUGCCUAUGUUUAUGCGGGAAUAUUCAAAUAAUAUGAAUACACCACUUAUUUUCUACUUAUCAAACAUCGUUCCAAUGAUUCCACAAUUUUUAUUGGAUCCAAUUUUAUUUACGGCUAUACCAUUUGCGUUAUUGGAUCUAAGCAACAGUUGGUUCGGUUUCCUUAUCUCCAUAUUAGUCAGUAUUUUAGUGUUCAAUACAUCAAUGGUGUGUGGAAUUCUGGUAUCAUUGACAACAAACAACUUCGUCAUUGUAAACGCCAUCACAACAACCAUCCAAACAUUUUUCUAUCCAUGUUCUGGAAUAAUGAUGAAUAUAAGAACAAUUCCUGUGAUAUUUUUAUGGAUACGGUACGUGUCUUGGCUGACUUACGCAUUUGAAUCUCUAAUGAUCUUGUAUUUCAAAGACGUAGAUCAUAUCAUAUGUUCGAAGUCGGAAAAUGCACCGUGUUUGAAAAAUGGUCAGGAAGUUUUGCAUUCGUUGAGUUUUGAUGGAGCGAAUUUGCAACGAAAUUUGAUUAUAAUGUUUAGUAUUUACCUAUGUUUUCAUUUCCUCAGUUAUAUUGCGUUGAGAACCAGAUUGUAUUUCAAAAUGAAUGGUUAAGUUAAGUGUUUGUUAUUUUCUCAUUAAAGAUUACCUAUUUGAACAAAGUGAA